AUGCGCCUCGACAUAGCGCGGCCGUUCUUUGUUGUCAUUGGGAUUGACAUCGGGCGUUCCCCUCUCACGACCGCAACGGUCAAAAAGUGCUCCGCAACUCGGAUGCUCACAGCAGUGGACGAUCUCGCUGGCUUCGCGAUAUACUGCUGCUUCUUCCUCUACUGCAUACCGUGGCUGCUGCAGCGGCGUCUGCCGGGAGCGCUGACGCUCUACAUGUCAAACGUCGACAUCAUAGCCAACGUGCUUUGCUCCUCGGAGAGCACGCGCGCUGGCCUCUUUGGCAGGCUUUACCUGUCUAGUCCCGACGAUCUCUUCACGUCUUUCUCCUUCUCCUUCAUCUCGUGGAUAUCCCUCGUCGGCAUCUCGCACGGAGUCUCGACCGUCGCCUCGAGACGAGACCCGCACACCGCGCUCAAGGUGGCGGCCUUCAUGAUGGCUGUCACCUUCAUGCUGCCCAGCGUGCUGCUUCCGAACCUGCUCAAGGACGGGGGCCUGGCGGAGCCGCUCCUGCCACCAGGCGACGAGGCGCGCCGCCUCGCCGCCAAGAUCGCGGUCGGCGCGGCGACAGGCGCAGCCCUCGUCGGCUUCGAGUCGCUCGUGCUCUUCCACCCGCACGGCUUUGGGCUGCGGCCGCACCCGUGCUCUGGCGGCGUCGGGGAGGGCGCUUCGCGGCAACUGGGCGAGGAGUUUCUCCCGUUUGCGAGCCCCGAAAAGUCGGCGCUCAUGGAAUCUGCUUCGGACGGUGAGCGUUAA